CCCAACACUGGCGUGUUAUUUCCUUGUGGACUACGUACGAGACUUUUUCUCUCUUCCGUAUCGAGGUCUCGACGAUUGGAUCGACGAGAUUAUCGCUACCGAACGUGAAAAGUGGAGAGAAAGGGGUAAUUUGAGUACACGGAAUCGCAGUUUCAACCACAGGUUGCUGCUAGUCUCUUUCCGUUGUUUCACCGGUACUCUGCAAGGUAUGCGGCAGUGCUGAAGACGAGGUGAUUAUUUCUUUACAGUGAGUCAUCCGCCGGAAUAUUUGGACAGUAAUAGAAUCAUAAGUAUGAGCAGCAACAACAGCACCGAUUGGUCGCGCAAGCGCAGUCGGGGCGAGGAAAAACUAGACGAGAAGCAGGGAGACAAAGAUCUCUCUUCCACGGCUCCUCGCGAUCCCCAUUCCCCUCCGCUUGGAGGCAUUGGACCUCCUCCUCCUCCACAGGGAGGUCCUCCACCAGGAAAUUCUAGAGGAGGCGGCCCCCCGCCCCCGUCUCACCAAGGAUACGGAGGAUACCCCCCGCCGCAUAUGGGUUAUCCUCCUCCUUCCGGUCCGGAAGGACAGGCCCCCUAUCCUCCCAGAGGCUACGAAAACGCGCCUCCUUACCCAGGCCCUGGGUAUGGACAGCAUCCUCCGGGAUAUCCUCCCUACGGAAUGCCACCUUACGGCAUGUACCCGCAAUACCAGCAUUCCAUGUACGGACCCCCUCCUCCGCACCACCCCUACCCACCGCACGGACAACCCCCACAGCAACCCUACUAUGGGGAUCCCAACAUGCCCGGCGGGGGCAACAGCAACGGACCCCAUCCUCCCUCAUCACGCUACGAUGCACCACUGGAGGAACGGAGCGGACCGUACGGUGGCAAUGCCGCUUCGGGUGGUCCCAUUGCACCCCGCAGAGGAAGUGGCGUCGAUCGGAAACUAUCCCGGGCCUCGGCCGAGUCCUCCCGUGCCGAUGACGACGGAGACACGGAAGGCGAUGACGACAACAUUGUCCCUGGCGCGGUGACGGCGCGUCUCAAAACCUACAUCAAGCCGCGGACUCCGUCCACUCGCGAAGUUCUGGAUCGCCGAGCACGCAAGAAUGCACAGUCUCGAGCACGCGCGGCGAAAUUGCGUUUGCGCAUUGCGGAAAUUGAAAUGAAGCCAGAAGACGAACGCACGGAAGAAGAAAUUCAUUUAUGGCAACAGUACGAAUCAAGGAGGCAGCGGAAGAAUGAUCGGUCCCGCGAACGCGCACUGGAAAAGAAAGAGGAAAUUGAUCGCAUUUUGGCCAAGCCCGAUAAGAAGCGAACUAAAAUCGAACGCCAAUUUUUGGAAACCGCUUUGUCAGCGAAAAAACGUAAAAACGAAGGCGAUCGAUUGCGGCGACAGAGACUUAAGGAGCUGGGUUUGGCAACGAAAGGAACUGGAAUAAAACCUGGCAUUAGUGCUCGUGGCCCACUUCCGCCUCAGUACCAAGGCAUGGUGAAUCCGCCGCCGCACCAUCAUCCCAUGUACGGACAGAUGGGCGGUAUGGGCGGACACCCGCAUCACCCAAUGGGAGAUAUUCCCAUGUCACCGCUACCCAGCAUGCCCCACCAUCAACACCAUCAGUAUGCUCCCAUGCAGUCGCCACACUUUGGAUCGCCUACUAUGAUGACCCACCCGCAUCACCAACCAUACGGCUACCCGAGUCCGCAGCGCAGAGGCCCUCACGGAACCACCAGUCGCCAUGAGGGUGGUAUGCCCUACAUGCCACCAGCGCAAGGCUACGACGCAAGUCCGCCUUCACGUCAUCCUCCUCCGGUGCAACAGCGUCGCAAUCCGGACGGCUCGAUGAGUAUUUCGAUUGGAGGUAGAAGUGGACAGCAACAAGGAGGGCCUCCUUUUGGCGGGGAGGUCCGAGGAGAUGACAUAUCAAAUAUGAUGAUGGACAACGACAACCGUGGUGGAUAUGAUCGGAGUGGACCAAGAGAUAUCAAGGACGAGUAGGUAAAGACGCUGCGUGCGUUCUGAAUGUUUCAAAAACAAGUUUGUUUUGUGAAAGAGUGACGAAGCCCUCAGGCAUUGUUGAACAAAGCUUAAGGGUAGAAUUUAAUGUUCGAGACCAUUGUGGCCUCGCAACUAGUAUUUAUGUAAAUCUGUUUCUGCAGAGUU